AUGGCCCCCGCUGUCUUCAAACUAAGGAUCCUGCUGGCACUCGUCUGUUUCGCCAAUCUCGCGGCUGUCGGCACAUACUACGGCUGGGUCGUCGCUAAUACAACCAAUACACGCCAAGCCAUCUUCGGGAAGAAACCAUACAUCUACAACUGGGCAGACUACGGGAUCAUCGGCUGCUCAGCCAUCCUCUUCUUUGCCUACAUCUACUCCAUCUGGGUCAAAAAAGCCCUCUUCUGCUUCGGCAACCGCAUCGUUCGUGCUGUCCUGAUGCUGAUCCCCGGUGGUUUUCUUCUCGGCGUCAUGGUCCGCGCCGUCCAUCACCUGAUCGAGAGCCUCAAGUUGUCCAGCGACAAGUCGUCGAAUGAUAACUUUACGGUUAGGAUUGAUCCCUUUACGUGCAUUGGCUUUGGAAAUACACAUGGACCUUGCACUGUCUUGAAGUGCUAUGUUUCUUUUCCUAUUGUGGUUGGCUUCUUUGUCAUUAUCGAGGUACUUGUUACCUUACUCAGAGGGAUCACUGGCGCCAGUGGCAUAGCAACAAUCAACCAGUUCUUCAAGAUUCAAGAACUACCAACACUACCACCAUCAACACUCACUAUCACCACAACCACCAUGAAACUCCCCGUCGUCCUUUCUCUCUUCUUCCUCGCCGCCGCCGCCAGUGCCACCGACAGCGAUUACAAGCAGAUGUGUUACGAGACUUGUGUACACAAGAACUGCAACGAAUCAAACACGUCCAACCUUUGCACCCCCAACUAUGUCCGUACUUUUGUACAUGUCGACUAUCGACCCCGAGGACGAGGCACAGUCCCUAAUGCAGUGCAUGCGUCGAUCUGUGUCAUAUCACCCCCGGGUGUCACCACCUUUAACAGAGACGAUUACAAGUGCGAGAGGUCUUAA